AGUGCAGCUAUGUACCUCAUUUGUAUACUCUCUGGCCUAAUGCAGCAUUUUAACUUCACAUUCUGCAGUGGAAACUACUUGGCCGAUGUUCAUUACACGACGUCUCGUAACUCGGCCGUGUAUCUGAGCGUGUCUGUCCGGCCCGCAGAAGCAGUAAUAUACUCUCUGCGCAGAAGUGCCGAGACGUUUGGACUCAGUUUAGUUUGGAGACCAUUGGAGACGCUGUCAGGGGUAGUGCACUAUGCUUGAUGUGUUUCAAUGAAGGAUUGGAUCGUUGCCUGUCAAAAUUGUUUGUCUCGGUAAUGUAAACAGUCAGCUGUAGUUCCCGUGGAAUGAAACUCAUUUAAUGCUUGCCAAGGCGACGGAGCGUGUGGUAGUUGACAUCGGUUGACAUUUCCUGCUUAUAUGAGGCAUUGAGGUUAUCUUUUCGAACAUGACCACCAAUGCUAGGUGCAUCGAAGCUCUUCGCUGCGAGAGAUUUGAUGAAGAGAAUUGCUCUACCAAGACUUCUGAAGAGCAGAUUAAGGUGGAAGAAUCGGUUGAAGAACUUUUCCAGUUAUUUUCAAAGAAAUUGACUAUUGACAUUAAUGCCCCUUCAUUGUUUCGUGGAAAGCAUGUUUCGUAUUUGAAGAAGUGCUUAUUUUAUCUCCCUAACUCUUAUGAGUGCCUCGAUGCAAGUAGACCAUGGCUGUGUUAUUGGAUCCUCCAUUCGUUGGAGCUCCUUGAAGAAACUUUGGAUGCAGAGGACAGGUCAAAAAUUGCUUUAUUUAUUGGAAGGUGCCAGAGUCCUGAUGGUGGUUUUGGGGGAGGCCCUGGACAACAUCCUCAUUUGGCUCCUACAUAUGCAGCUGUCAAUGCUUUAUGUACACUAGGCACAGAAGAAGCAUUUAGUAUAAUUAAUAGGGAAACUCUUCGGAAGUUUCUGUGGACAGUUCGUUGUGCAAAUGGAUCUUUCCAAAUGCAUGUUGGAGGAGAGGAAGAUAUUCGGGGAGUGUACUGUGCUCUUUCUGUUGCUAGACUGACCAAUAUUUACUGUGACAAGCUGUUUGAGAAUUCAGCAAAGUGGAUAAUAAGUUGCCAGACAUAUGAGGGAGGGUUUGCUGGCUGCCCUGGCUUGGAAGCGCACGGAGGCUAUGCCUUCUGCGGCCUGGCUGCACUAUGCCUUCUAGGCAAGGAGCAUCUCUGUGACAUAAGAGGCCUCUUGCGGUGGGUGGCCCAUCGACAGAUGCGCUUUGAAGGGGGCUUCCAAGGACGUACCAAUAAGCUUGUGGAUGGCUGUUACUCAUUCUGGCAGGGAGGUGCCUUCCCAUUGCUGCACAAGGCACUUGCAGACGAAGAUAGCACUUGUGUAAGUACCAAUUGGUUAUUUCAUCAAGAAGCUUUACAAGAAUACAUUUUAAUAUGUUGUCAGAAUUCUCUUGGAGGACUACUUGAUAAACCUGGCAAACCUCGUGAUAUAUAUCACACAUGUUACACACUCAGUGGUCUCUCAGUUGCACAGCACUGCUUUGCAGGACAGGAGAAGAUUGUUGGUGGACUUCAGAAUGAAUUGGCUCGAGUGCAUCCUUUAUAUAAUAUUAGUCAAGAAGCUUACAUAAAUGCCUCAAAGUUCUUCUACAACCUACCUCCACUCUAAGCACUGGAACACUUUGGAGCCCACUUCAACCGAGUGUUCAGAUUGGUUAUUUAUUAAUCAUCUGAAGAAGAGGUUGCUGUAUUGGUGCAGAAGUUGUUUGUGAAGAAUUUGCAGUAUUUGUAAAGGAGGAAGGCAUCUGGCAUUGUAAUGUUACUAAAGGAAGAUGACUGUGAGAAAAUGAGCUUUUCAAACAUUGCCAUUUUUUUAGAGAAAAUAAUCAUUGGUGCCUAAUUGCUUCACACCAAAAUUUUCUUUUGAGUAGUUCGUUCUGAUCAUGUCAGACCAAUAUUUGACUCCCUCUACGGAAUCAACUAGCACAAUCUUCCCUGCCAUGUGCAAAGUGAAAGAACACCUUUUGGAAGUAAUUUGUGGAUUUUAUUGUGUUUUUGUUAUUAAUGUACAUAAAACAUGCCUAAGUAGCCUAUUACUUGUUGAAUGAAUUGCUGAAGGCCUAAAGUAGUUAAAUCAGCAAAUAUUCGUUGUUGUUUUUUUUGUGUUUUUUUUAAGAUGCUGUGUUUCAGUUUGUGGUUGCAUUUGACACCAUGAUCAUCGUGUAUAUAAUUGUAACAUUGUGUAGAAAUCAAGUCAUGGUAAUAGAUCUUAUUGCUAAUUGCAAAUAUCAGUUUUAUAUUUUGAAAUAAAGCAAUUUUCAAGUAGUUAAUAGU